AGAGAAAUCCGAUGAAAUUAACGAAGUAGGUGACUACAGGUGGACUUAGCGCUAAGCAGACACAUACAUUAAAAAUUGUAUUUACUUAAUUAUUAUUUUAUAUCAAUUACGUAUGAGUAAUGUAACCAUUAUAAUUUGAAAUUAUUUUAUAAUAAUAAUACAAACACUCACUCUAAAAAAAAUACUUACCGACAUAUUUUCCGUAGAACUAAUCGCGUUGAAUAUAUAAGAGUAAAUAAUAUUUUCACUUAUUUUCGGGGGUUUAUAUCUGAAAUUAUUGUGUUAUUAGAGUUCAAAAUCAAACGUUUAAAAAAAAUGACAUCACAUUGUAUUGAGAUACGAUUGGAUUUACGAUGUUAGCAAUAAUGCACUAAAGCAAAUAAAAUAUACUAGCUCCGAUCGCGACAUUGUCUGUUUUUCUAAGAUUAAAACCAUAAAAUGAAUUUAAUGAAUAAAAAAAAUAUAUGGUAAGUACCUUCACGUAUUUGUUUUAUAUUAUACACGGUGAUCUGAUUUUGCUGCGUUGUGGGAUUUGCAAUCGAUGAUUGUUUCCACCGACUAAGUGCUGAGUUGCGUUUUUCAAUCACGUUGACAAAUUUCAUAUAGGUAUUGCGUUAGCUCCACGUGAAUUUUCACUACUUAAGCUCCUCAGAUCGAUCCUCUUGAUUCAUUCCGCUACACAGGAAGCAAGGAAAACCCACUGUUCUCUCUACUGAAGCUACAAGGACAUCAUCAUCAUACAAUGUCAAAACCCUCGUCCCACGCUGAAGAUUUAUAUCUCUCAUCCUCCACGGAGGAAGAUUCGUCGGCACCGCCGCCGCCACCGCCGAAGGUUGACGUGAUCGACAAAAAGAAAAAAUCCAAGCCGCCGACAUCGACGAGCUCGAGCAAGAGGUCAAAACGUUCGUCCCAUACCGAUUCGUAUCUCUCAUCCUCCACUGAGGAAGAUUUGCCAGCACCGCCACCGCUACCACCGAAGGCUGACGCGGUCGAAAAAAGAAAAAAUCCAAGCCAUCGACAUCGUCAGCAAGCUCGAGCAAGAGGGUCAGAAUAGCUCCUGUGAAGCCGCGGCACGGCACUGCAGCGGAACUAUUCGGUGCCGAUAGCGAUGACGAGGGAUUAGAAGCGAACCAACCUGCAGGGGAGGGUAAAUUAUUAUCGUACAUUUCACGACGACUUGCGAACGGUUUUGCUCGUCAGACAAAUCCUGAUAAAAAGGGCACCCACUUUGUUGAGGUCAAAGUGUAUAAAUGCGAUGAUAUUGAAAAGGUGACACCAGUAAAUCGAUGGCGUCAUGCUGUAGUAAAUAUUAAAAACCGAACCGAUGAUAAUACUGAAGCUUGGAGACACUUGGCUAAUUUUAUUCACGCAACGCGAAAGGAAUACCGAACAUGUGCGCCGUCAUUUGUUAGCAAUUAUUAUUGAUCAAUUUAAGCCAUCGUAUAUAUCUCUUAUUACCACACUUAUUAGUGCAUCUGUAAUAAAAUACGAGGAUUAUAAAUAAAUGACUAAUAAAUAACGAGCUGAUAUUUGUGGUAUUCCUUUUACGUUCUGUGAAUAAUUUUAACUAAAUGUUCAAACGUGUUAGAGUGAAUUUAUUUCUUUUUCGUACAUAGAAUUAUUCCUUUUUGUAAAAUAUGGGACCAAUUGCAUAGAUUGAACUAUGCGUGGAUCCAACUAUCCUGAACACAACGUAAAAGUAAUAGCACAGAUGUGAGCCCUCAUUUAUUUGUUGACAUCUAUUAAUAAUGUUUUUUACCCAUAUUCAUUUUGAAUUACAUUACCUAUGUUAUGAAAUGGAAUAUAAGUAUUAUAUAAUACAUACUUUAAUUAAUUAUAAAUGUAUAUCUAUUGUAGUACUAAUUUGGAAUAAAAUGAUAUCUAUAAAGUGUGUUAUUUU